AUGCCUAUUCCUGCAAGAGUGUCGAGACAGAUUCCGCCUUCGAGAGUAGCGCAACUUGCCCAUAGCGUGGACUCUCUCAGCUACCAAACAUCACUUGCUUCCAGUGUUUUGAAUUAUAAAGGAGAUGUGGAAAGAAGACAACAUCAGCCCAAUGACGACCAAGAGCAAGACCGGAUGGAUUUGCUCCAUCAUGUAUAUCGAAUGUUGCUGAAAGGCGAACUGCAUUACGCGCCUAUUGUAGAAAAUCCACAGCGUGUGCUGGAUUUGGGCACGGGAACUGGUAAUGAUCUCAGUGCUAUUCAACCACAAUGGGCACCACCGAACUGCAACUUUGAGAUCGACGACUUUGAGGCAGACUGGCCCUUUGGCCAUCCAUUCGAUUUCAUUCAUGGGCGUGAGCUUGCCGGUUCCGUAAAAGACUUUGAUAGGCUCUUUGCUCAGGCUUUUGCACAUUUACGAUCAGGAGGAUACCUAGAGCUGCAGUCGUUUCGCAUCGAACUUUUUUCCGACGACGGCUCUUUAGACAAGGCUCCCUUCAGUAAGCAGUGGAUGGGGCUGUUGCAAGAGGCAAGCAACAAGUUUGGAAAGCCAUUGGCUAACAUGGAUGAGUGGCCGGAUAAAAUGAAGAAGGUCGGUUUUGAGGACGUCACGAUGCAUGUCAUGAAGGUUCCAAUGAAUCCAUGGCCGAAAGAUCCUAAACAGAAGGCCAUUGGUCGGUAUAUGCAGUUUGAACAAGAGCAGGCCGCUCCCGGAUACACAAACGCCUUGCUGAGCCGCGUACUAGGCUGGUCCAAGGAAGAAAUUGAUGUUCUCUUGGCCCAUGUGAUAACUGAACUCAGGGAUCGAAGCAUCCAUCAAUAUUCGAUGAUGUAUCUUGUUUACGGCCGAAAGCCGUGA